AUGUAUGAACCGACUACCUCAUUGAGUCUACACCGCUUGAGCCGGCAUAGUCUUCAAGAUCGAUAUGAAUCAGAUGAAGAGACUGCGUCUGAAUCUGAAGUUGGAGCCCAAGAUUUACUUUCUUCGCCCGUUGGCUCCCAGAAUGGUGGGCCUUUCGAUUCAGACCUCAGUGCUGACGAGAGAUCUGACCUCAAUCCCGAAUCUGACCGAGAUGAACGUCUCUUGUCACCACCAGCAGCUAAAAGACAAAGGCCCGUCUCUACAGACACUAUCAAGAGGAACGGCAACGCGUCCUUCGAUGGAGAAGCUUAUGUUUUUGAUCCAGAGGAGCAAAUGGUUCUUGAAAUUCCCUCACCGGAUUCUCCUCCCGAAUUGGCAUCCAGUAUAUUUUUGCAGCCGUCGAUAUACGCUCCAUCAAAACCAUCGCGCUCGGUCAACUCUAGGUCUCGAUCUCGUUCACCUUCAUCUAUCUUUUCUGUCGAGGAAGCAGACAUUCAGGUUGCACGGAAGGUUUCCUUCAUGGAACCUGGGAAUCGUCCAACCGUGGUCUUGAUCAAAGCCCUGGGGUCACGAUCAAAGGCCUCCAAGUCUCGGUCUAGCCACUCUCGUUCACGAGAAAGCAGCCGUAGCCGGCCUGUGGCUCUCAGACCUGACAGUCGACUUGCAUCCUCACGCUCGGAGUCGGUGAAGUCAGCAAGAGCUCAUAUUCUAGAGAUCACAGACUCAAGGCCAUCAACUUCAUCCUCGUCGGUCCUCAAUGAUGAGAUGAAUGCAGCACCUAGUGCAACAAUCAACAAGGUGUCGGACAUACCCCCGGUACCCUACCUCCCAGCACAACCACGAACACUCCCAGCCUCAGAGUAUCGGAUGCGACCCCGAACGUCAGCCUCAGACAGAGCAGUUCCACCGCCCCUGAAUUUGCGCCCCCGUCGACCAACAGACACCCGCCCACCCCCUCCCAUCCGCAACGCAAGCAACCACACCAUCUCUUCCUAUACUUCCCGCCCAUCAACUCCCUUCUCGCCCGAGGACUCAAUUCUCGGCACAAUUCACGACAAUGAUUUCCCCGGCCUGACCCGCACCUGCAGCCCCAUCUCUAUCGCCUCAACAUCCUCGCCCCCACCAUACACAUCUACAAAGCGCAGUGCCAGCUCAACCUACAGCGUCUCAAAUAUCCUAUCACACCGCUCUCCCCUCAUGAUGCGUCGCAUGACAAGGAAUCAUUCUUCCGCCAGCGUUCAUUCAUUGAGCAGUCUGCGCUCUGAGAUGGAUCCUAAUGGCCCCGCCUCCUCGCAGAUCUCUGUCGCUACCCAACCGGCUCUGGUCCCUACUCCUGAUUGUCAUGUCGGGCGAAAGUUGAGCAAACGUCGCCAUUCGCGCCAUCAUAGUGUUAUGCCUAGUGGACGUGGCUUCCUGGGCUUGAAGCUCGGGAAGAAAUCGCACACUAAGGCUUAG